AAUUAUUUUACGCAUACAAUAUACUACAGUUCAAAUAUAUGAUAUAUUUAUAUUAUGACAUAUACAAAAAUACAAAACAUAUCCAACUGGGUAAAACAAUGUUACCAAAAAUUUUCGUUGACGUUACUAGCAAAAAGGCGCCAAAUGUGUUAGUGACUGUCAACGGGAAAGAAGGGUUCAGUUUUACUAUAAGAAACAAAUCUGUUUUUAUUCCUUUUGAAAGAAGGGCUGAAAUGUCUGGAGUCCUGGCGAAAACAGAAUGUGAUAAAGUAACAAUCGAAAUAAAGGUGGAUAAGUCGAAGAAAGACGGAGAAGAAAAUAAUCUACCUUUUUCUAUAGAACCAGUUUCUUCUCAGGCCGUCGAGCAUGAAGAAUUUCAAUAUCUGAAUCACAUAAAAAAUAUAAUAGAAAAGGGGGUUAAACGAAGUGACCGCACAGGAGUAGGUACUUUUUCGAUAUUUGGUGCUCAAAUGCGUUAUAGCUUACGAAAUGAAAUAUUUCCUUUAUUAACAACGAAAAGGGUAUUUUGGAGAGGCGUUGUCGAAGAGCUACUCUGGUUUAUUAGAGGAAGUACGAAUGCCUUUGAACUAAGCGAUAAAAAAGUUCAUAUUUGGGACGCAAAUAGUACAAGACAGUUCUUAGACUCCGUUGGCCUAAAAGAUAGAGAAGAAGGUGAUUUAGGUCCGAUAUAUGGUUUUCAAUGGAGACAUUUUGGAGCUGAGUACAAAGGUAUGCAUGCAGACUAUAAAAAUAAAGGAAUUGACCAGUUAGCUCAUGUAAUAAAUACUAUAAAAACAAGACCUAAUGAUAGACGCAUCAUAAUGUGUGCAUGGAACCCUAUUGAUAUCCCAGAAAUGGCAUUACCUCCUUGCCAUUGUUUGGUCCAGUUUUUUGUAGGAAAUGAUGAACUUUCAUGUCAACUUUAUCAACGAUCUGCAGAUAUGGGACUUGGAGUGCCUUUUAAUAUUGCUAGUUACGCUUUGCUAACAUAUAUGAUAGCACACGUUACUGGACUGAAGCCUGGAGAAUUCAUUCACACUUUAGGAGAUAGUCAUGUGUACCUGAACCAUAUUGAUGCUCUUCAGGAACAGCUGAAACGUGAGCCCAGACCAUUUCCAAAACUCAGAAUUAAAAGGACAGUAGAAGAUAUUGAAAGUUUCACUGCAGAUGAUUUUGAACUAAUUGGUUAUAAUCCGCACCCUAAACUCAGCAUGCCAAUGGCUGUUUAAUUUAUAUAAUUCAUUUGAACUUUUGUAAAUAUAUUUUUAUACAAUU